GAGCAGAAAAGAGGGGCGGCUGGAAGUGACAUCAUCCUCAGGCGGGUAUCCACAGGAUCCUUAAGCACAAGGAUACAUAAUUGUACUGCAUGCAUAUACAGUGCAACGAGCCUUGAGAGAGGGUUUCUAGGACCUAGGUGGCGAUGAAUACUGUCUCUGCCACUCACUUGCUAUGUGCCUUUGGGUAGAUCGCUUUCCCUCUCUUGGUCUUUAAUUAACCAGAGUCACGUACCCUACAGAAAAUAAAUUUCGUCACCUGGUAAAGCGAAGCGCUCAACUAGGCUACAGACGCUCAGCCGUGGGCAGGUGAGCGCGGUACAAACACGUGGAGGGUGCCAGAGAGUCCCCAGGGUGCGCACUGCGAUAGGGUGUCUGCCCCGCCCCUGCUCUCGGUUCCGCCUAUCGCGUUCAAGCUCAGUCUCUGAUGGACGGGGCGAGGAGGUGGGGGAAGAAGCAGAGGGAGGAAGCGGGCCACAGCGUUGCUUCGGCAACGCGACGCACAGGCAGGAGACGGACGCGGUGGUUGUUUUAAGGCAGGCGCAGGGGGUACUCCAGAAGUCCGGGAGGCAAUGCAAUGUCCAAACCGAAGGCAGUUGGGGUUAAGUGACUUGCCCAGGGUCACACAGCUAAAUCAGUGUGCUAAGGGCCAUGGUGCACCAAAGGCGAAAGAGCGGGACCAGAAAGUAUGCAUCCGAUUCAAGUGUGCUGUCAUGAAUACUCUUACGGACGUCCUUCGCUGCAGGCCUGGCUGGGUGGAAGUGAAGGAUGAGGGGGAAUGGGAUUUCUACUGGUGUGACGUCAGCUGGCUUCGGGAGAACUUUGACCACACCUAUAUGGAUGAACACGUCCGAAUCAGCCACUUCCGAAAUCACUACGAGCUGACGAGGAAGAACUACAUGGUAAAGAACCUGAAACGCUUUCGGAAGCAGCUGGAGAGAGAUGUGGGCAAAUUAGAAGCAGCUAAGUGUGACUUCUUCCCUAAGACCUUUGAACUGCCUUCUGAUUAUCAUCUCUUUGUGGAGGAGUUUAGAAAAACUCCUGGCAUUACCUGGAUCAUGAAACCUGUGGCCAGGUCCCAGGGAAAGGGCAUUUUCCUCUUCCGGAAGCUCAAAGAUAUCAUGGACUGGAGGAAGGACGUGGGCCGCUCUGAUGACCAGAAAGAUGACAUCCCGGUGGAGAACUAUGUAGUCCAACGUUACAUCGAGAAUCCUUAUUUGAUAGGAGGGCGCAAAUUUGACCUGCGAGUAUAUGUCCUGGUGAUGUCCUACAUCCCCCUUCGAGCCUGGUUAUAUCGAGAUGGCUUCGUUCGGUUCUCUAACACCCGCUUCACAUUGAGCAGUAUUGAUGAUCACUAUGUUCACCUCACCAACGUUGCUGUGCAGAAGACAUCCCCAGACUAUGACCCCGAAAAGGGCUGCAAAUGGAUGAUCCAGCGAUUUCGCCAGUACCUGACUUCCAAGCAUGGCCCUGAGGCCGUGGAGACACUCUUCCGGGACAUAGACAACAUCUUCAUCAAAAGCCUGCAAAGUGUGCAGAAAGUCAUCAUCAGUGACAAGCACUGCUUUGAGCUAUAUGGCUAUGACAUUCUCAUCGACCAGGACCUCAAACCGUGGCUUCUUGAGGUCAAUGCCUCCCCAUCCCUUGCUGCCAGCAGCCAAGAGGACUAUCACCUCAAGACUUGCCUUCUGGAAGACACACUGCACAUUGUAGACAUGGAGACCAGGCUCACAGGAAAGGAAAAGCGAGUUGGCGGCUUUGACCUCAUGUGGAAUGAUGGACCAGUCAGCAGAGAAGAAGAGGGCAUCGACACGUCUGGGACUGGGAACCUUGUGGCCAACACCCACCUGGGCUGCAACAAUGAUCGAAAGAAACAGCUGAGGCAGCUCUUCCGCUCACUUCACAGCCAGACAAAAGCUACCAGCUAAUCAUGGUGGGCCAGGGGGAGACUGAGCCCAAGCAGGUGCCUAGUGACCCCUCCCAAUUUUGGAGCAGUGCCUCCAGUUUCUUUCAGGCCUGCCAACAGUUUUGCUGGCUCAGCAUGUCACCAACCAUCAGCCUCCUGGACUUGCUGGCUCCAGGGUGUGCUGCGGGUGAAGUGUACUCAGGAGUUGUGCCAGUCUGGGUUAGUCUGCAUUGGUUCUGUGAUGGGAAACUAAGGAUUUGACCUAUACAAAGAGAAAUGCAGCAAGCCUUGCAGUCCUAGAGAGAACUUUCUUAAUAAAAGUAAAUCAUCAUUUGACUUCUUUCUGAUCUGGCAAGGAUCCUGUUGGCUGAAGCACUGAGCAUCACCCAUGUAUGUUCACAGGGCACUCUUUUUUCCCUCUUUCAGGCAGACAGGCGAGGUCACCCCCAUUUUAGAGAUGGGGAAAAAUCUCAGGGAGGACAAGGGAGUAAUUGCCUCCACCGGGUUGCUAUGGUGUGAAUUCAAAGUUAGAAGAUCUCAGUGACAAGACUAGCUCCAACAUUUAUUAGCUAUAGGAAUUCAGACAAGUCAUUUAACCUCUAGGGCCCGUUUCCUCAUCCUCGUGGACCACAUGUGACUUCACUGGUGUCAAGAACACCUCUCCACUGAGGAGAGUCCCUUUUCUAAUGUGGUCUAACAAGCGCUCUGCAACUCCUCCAUGGUCUGAGGGACUUGCCUGGGACCCUGAGAGAAUAAGUGACUUACCCAGACUCACAGCCAGCAUGGGUCAGAGGUGGGCAGGAACCCAGGCUUUCCUCACUUCAAGGUCAGUUCUUCAUGUAAUGUCAGGAUGCCUCUCUUCACAUCUAUCCAAUGGGACUAACAAAGCAACCAGCCAUUUAUUAUGUACUUUUUUAGGACAGGGCAGUCCUACUUCUAACAUACUAUGUGACCCCAAGCAUGUCAUUUAUUUAAUCACUUUAUUAUACCCUUACCACAUGUGAAGCACUGUGACAGGUGUUAGGGACCUAAGCACAAUCCCUCCUAACAAGGAUCAGAGUUACAA